UGACUUUCCACCAUUUCUACGGCACUUAAACGCAGCAGUUCCUCUUAGCUCUUCCUGCAGUGCUAUGAGUUGAGCAAGACUGAAGAGCUGGGAAUGCAGCCUCCGCUCCCACCUGAGGCGGUCAGAGAGCUGGUGUGCUCCUGUCUGCACAGAGACCCCGUCGCAGCAGACCUCCGCUGCAGCCUGUUUGUUGCUGCUGCACAGAACUACAAGAGGGACUCUUUGCUCAGACCCUUCCCUCCUAGAUACAUAAGUGGAGACAAUAAGGACUUUGAAGAGCUGUUGGCAGAUGUGCACUCUUUGCCUGGUGUGAGAGAGUUGGUGAGACUGCGACCCAGAGAGGGAGAUCAUCAUCUGGCUCUCACUCACUGGAUUCUCUCUUCAAAGAGCUUCGCUGUGAAGACUUUACAGAAAGAUGAGUACGCCAAACUUUGUGACCUGACGGAAAAUGAAGGGAUCUCUGCGCCUGCGCCAGACUUCCUGUUUGAGCUGGAGUACUGCGAUCAGAUGAACGCCAGGUUUGAGAAGACUAGGGAAGGCCGAGACGUCUUCUAUGCAUUCCACGGGAGCCGCCUGGAAAACUUUCACUCCAUCAUUCACAAUGGGCUGCACUGUCACCUCAACAAGAACUCAGUGUUCGGAGAGGGGACCUACCUCACCAGUGACCUCAGCAUGGCUGUCCUCUACAGUCCCCACAGCAGCGGCUGGCGGGAAAGUCUCCUGGGUCCACUGCUCAGCUGUGUUGCCUUGUGUGAAGUCAUUGAUCACCCAGAUGUGAAGUGUCAGGUGAAGAAAAAAGAUUCUGAAAUCAUCGACCGACAGCGUUCGAGGGCAAAGAAUAGCGAAGGAGGGGACGUACCGCACAAAUACUUUGUAGUCACCAACAAUCAGCUUCUGCGAGUCAAGUACCUGCUUGUUUACUCUCAGAGGAGGCACCUGUCCAGGCGUUCCCGCGGCUCCUCCUGGCUCCUCAGACACCACUUUGCCAUCAUGAUGAGUCUCUACCUUCUGCUGCUCAUAUUCAUCGGUGCCUUUAACUCCACAACCUUUGUAUCCUUUUGGAACAGACUGUUCAGGUGACAACACAGCAGGACAGACGGAUGUUUAUUAUCCACAGUGCCUUCCUGAUCAGAGACUGACCGGAGGCCUGAGCCAAGAUUAAGUUUUAUGCACCUUUUUACUGUUUUCACUCUACAAUCAUUCUUCAUUUGUGCAAAUAACUUUGAUUACUCUUUUUCCCAGAUAUCAUAUCUUUUCAAAUAGCAGCUAUUGGGAUCAUAUUAUGUAUAAUUUUGUUGAGAUGGGUAUUAAGACCAUUCUGCAUUUUUGAAAAUGUUAUGCAAUGUUUCAGCUGUAUGUUGGUUUAUUAACCAUCCUGUAUUUUUUAUUUUAGAUAAACUCUGUUGCUGUGUAGUUUUAGCCCUUUGAGGACAAAGUCUUAUUAACCAAAAGGUCAAAAGAAAAAAAACAUAAUUAUUAUUUAAUUAUUAUAAUUAGAAUAUAAUUAUAAUAAUAAUUAAUUAUUAUUAUUAGAUAAUUAUUAUAAUAUUAUAUACUUAUUUAAAUAACUGCACAGCAACAAGUCAAGCAUUAAGAUGUCUUUUUUUGGUUCGUAAGGUUUUAUGUACUAACAAUUAUUAGCACAUUAAAACUGAGGUAGGCAGUGUUUUUUGCCUCAUUAGGCUAAAAUCAUAUAAUAAACUUUGAACAUAUUGUUGUUCAACUGACCUGAAAGAAAACUAGACUUCUGCACCUCAGCUUGGCUCUGUUUUCUGACUGACUUAAGCCAAUCGAAGAUCAUUUCAGAGAGAGGGAGGGAGUCUAAAAAUGCAGAUGUGUGUGCACGUUCACCUUCAGAUGGUGACAGGCUGAUUCAACGAUAGAUACAUUCUGCAGAAGUUGCUAUUCCAGCAUUGGUAACAGCUGCCUACACUACAGAGCACCCCAAAAAGGUAGAUAGAUUUAAAAAAAAAAAAAAAAAAAAAGUUUUGGUGAAUCAUUUUGGAGACAGAGAGAAAAUGUUGCUUAUAGUUUAGCCUUCUGCUAACCAAAGCCAAAGACCCACAGCUGCAGCUAUAUGAAGUUCAUGUCUGAAGUUUUUAGGUAAAACCCUGAAUCACCGUGUGUCCUCUCAGAGCCUAACAGGCCAACAAGUUAGGAGAGAAAACAGGACAGGUCUGUCAGCAGAAUAAAGUGUACAUUUCUGCAAUCCUUGAAUACGUUACAUUUGCACAUUUCAUAUACAUCACAUCAGUGUUUAAGUGACGUAGUAUAUGAGUCAACUUUGUCAUCAGGAACUGGAGGGGAUGGUGGAUGGCGUGUCACCUCGAGACAACCUGCUAAACUGCAGACGCCUGUUGGAGACCAACAAACAACAAAACCUGUUGAGAUUUAGCGAGUCAUUGCUGUGUUCCCAGUGGCUUUUUAAGCACCAAAUGUGUGUUUUGUAGUGACCCAUUGCUGUUUUUCCAGUGGUUCUUUAGACACAAAAAGCAGUCUUUUUUUUUUUUAACAGAAACAUUAAUGCUCUUCCUGCUGGGAUUGUUUCCCCCAUGCCUGUUUUUUAAAGCCAAAACAUGAUGUUUUUCUAAACAUAACUUUUGUUUUUUGUGCACAAAUUUAACCACACAUUACCCACAGUGUUUCUCCCACAAAGUGACGUGCAUAUCCAUAGUUUGCAGAAAUGUUCAAUGCCGACAUUUUUUCUGGCAUUUGGGUUGAUUGCUGCUAUGUAAGCAUCAGGAUCACAAUGGGGAUGAUUGAAAUGAAUUAGAUAUGCAAGUUAUGCAUGAAACGUGUGGGGAGAGCUGCGAGGAAAGGGGAUAUUUGUUUUUUUGUUGUCUUUUUCAGAAAACUGCCUACCCCAGCUUUAACUGGUCGCAUUGACACAUUAACAAUAUCCCAAUUCAUAUUCUUACUUUAUACUUUUUAAUGUUAUUAUUUUGUAUCUUUCAGCCAUGGUUGGGGACUUUUUAUAACUCAUGAUUUAAGUGUAACUUUAAAGGUGAAGUGUUUAAGAUUUAGAGGGAUUUAGUGGCAUCUAGUAGUUAAUUUCAGAUUGCAACCCGCUAAAACUUCUCCUGCCUAGGGUGAUUAUACACUAAAGAAAACAUUCCUACUAUAAUUUAUUCAAUUUCUGCCAAUUUAUCCACCUAAAUCCUACAUGCUGGACUUUUAAAGUAUUGAAUAGUUAAGUUUAUUCAAGGAAAAUAUAUAAGGUGGCCAUAAUUAUUAUGCUGACAUAUUGUAUUUAUAAUGAUGGGUCACAAAAAGGCUAAUGGUUAACCUCAUAUAUAAUAAUUUUGGAUAUCUUCUAUAUCCUUAUAUUAGCAAAGGAAAUAAACAGUGUAUCCACUUAAAGGCUACAGAUUCUAAGAAAAAUGUGACAAUGUUUGACAUUAAUAAAAUGAUACUUUUGAUUGAAUUUGUUUGAAA